AUGCUUCCGAAACUAAGCUUACCCAGCGUCAUCAUAUUGGCACUCAUUGCGGUCGUUACCUCCAGCAAUGCGGCUCCAAUGCUCAGAAAGGGCGCGUCUCCUGCAUUCUUAAUAAGGAUCCCAAGCUCCUCAAGCCUGAGAUCAUGGCUGUUAGCCUUGCUGAUCCUAGAACGUGCACCAUCUUCUCGGCGUAGAAUUUUGCAGGGUCUCCUCGAGAAGGAUGAGGGCGAUAAUGAGGGCGAGGACGGGGACGAUGAGGGCGAGGGUGAUGAGGGCGAUGGUGAUGAUGACACGAAGACAGCGACGGACAAGGGCUCGCUCGUGUGA